UUUCCCGAUUGUACAAAUCUUUUAAGUUUUGAUGGAAGAGAAUCCAUCAAAUAUGGCUGACGAAGGGUUUGGCGGCGAAACUAGGGUCUCAUUGUUGGAUGGUGGUAGAAGGGUUCGUCGUAAGCCAUUGCUUCCUCGGGAGGAUGGCCAAGAAGAUGGGGAAGCUCAAGAGUAUGCAAGGUCAAGUCACACAAAAUAUGAUGAAGAAAUGCCGGAGGAGGGGCAACAAGCUCUUUUGCCAUCUGCUCAGGAUCCUAAACUGUGGAUGGUGAAAUGUGCGAAUGGCUGUGAACGAGAAAUAGUUGUUUGCCUUAUGGAAAAGUGUUCCGGUAAAGGAGCUGAGUCGCGAAUCCAUUCCGCUAUUCAUCUUAAUCUUCUCAAGAACUAUAUCUAUAUUGAAGCAGACGAGGAGGCCCAUGUGAGGGAGGCAUGUAAAGGUUUGCAUAACAUAUAUGCGCAGGAUAUACUUUUGGUCCCGUUUGAACUUAUGACUGAAGUUCUUUCAUUUACAAGCAAGCCACGGCGUCCUUUACGCGAUACAUGGGUUAGAAUGAAGACUGGAACAUACAAAGGAGACCUUGCUAAACUAAUACAUCCGGAUAUUUUGCGACAAACAAUGCAAGUGAAGUUAAUUCCAAGGAUCGACCUACAAGCUCUUGCAAAUAAACUGGAGGGCAGAGAGGCUGUCGAAGAGCAGGCUAUUUUAACCCCGCCACGGUUUAUGAAUGUAGAUGAAGCUAGAGAACUGAAUAUCCAUGUGGAACGAAGAGAGGACCGUAUGGGUGGUGGUUAUUUUGAUAUUAUUGGUGGGAUGAUAUUCAAAGACGGGUUCUUGUACAUAACAGUGCCGAUGAAAUCAAUUCGUAUCCGGAACAUCAAACCAACUUCUGCUGAGCGUAAAAAUUUCCGAAACCCUGGGAAGACUGAUGUGACCACGAAGCUUCAUGAUCUUGCGCUGUCGGAGUGAGUGCUGUACUUCCAGAAUCAUUGUUGUUUUCUGAAUUAAUGUUUGAGUUUUUUUCUAUUUUCUUUUCCUAAGUAUGUCUGUCUCUGCUGAAACUAGUACCGAACUGUCGUGAUACUUGGGGUAAUCCGCUCAUAAACUCAAAACACUAUUCCGAAAGUUCAAAUCAGUUGCUUUUGUAAAUGCAAACUAAGAGAAUUUAAGCCAAAAGUGUUCACUUUUCUCCUUUA